AUGCCCAUAAAUUCUCACAUAACCGACAGCACUCUACCAUUAAGUUUCUGUCCUAAUGCUGCAAGCCAUUCCAAGGAUUUGUGCUUAGUGUGCAUAAAAUUAGCUCAAUUUAGUGCAUUUUUGUUUGCUAAGAAGGGAAAUGAAGGAAAUGAAGGAAGAAAAAAAGUUGCAAACAAAUAA